UCCGUAGAAAUUUGCGUUUUGCGACCGACUGCGACCUCCAGAAGAGGACAGGAGCAGUUCGUGCGUUUACUGUUGAGCGAGCCUCAGCUUCUUCAAAAAAUAGCGACGACAAUUGUAAAUACAGGGAGAAGAUGGCCGUUAACAUGUUACGACUGACAGUGUGCAGAGGAACCUCGUUUAGUCGCUUCCAGGCAAGGGCCUUCCUGUCGACACUGUCAAGGCAGCAGGCACCGUUGACAUCGUUCGUGGCUUCUCAAAAGCUGGCACCCUACCAGCCUCAAGUGACGACGGUGCGACUGGCAUCGGCGGAUGCGAACUACGUGAACAUUUGGAAGGCUGAACGACUCCUGGCCGCUUCCCUGCUGGCGGUCAUUCCGGGAGCUUUUAUGUUCCCAAAUGCUGUUAUGGACUCCUUGCUUGCCAUCUCUGUCACCAUGCACUUGCACUGGGGAGUCGAGACGAUAGUGGUGGACUACGUGCGGCCAUCCAUCUUCGGAGCCAUGAUCCCCAAGGUGGCUGUGGGAGCCGUGUAUGCCCUCUCCAUCUCUGCCCUGGUAGGGCUCCUCUACUUCAACUUCACCGACGUGGGCAUUGUCAAGGCUGUUCAGCUUGUCUGGUCCCUCUGAGCAAGGAUCUGCAGUCUGGAGCAUACAGAUCUGCACUGGGGACAGUUAGGGAGAAUAAAAGGAACAUAGGACCCCCAAA